AUGGACGCAGGCGGUCUCGCUCAAAUGAACUCAAACAACUUUUCCUCGGCCAACGGCCUUGCCUUACCCGGCGGAGGUCUUGCCUCACGUCGGGGUGGCCCCGUGAAGCCACUCUCUCUCUCCAGCGCCACCCCGACCAGCAAUGCUGCUGACAAUGGAGCCCCAACUCCCCGAACCAGCCGUUCUCACCUGCUCGCAGGCCUGAGGACUGCUCCUAAAUCCGCUACUGCGACCAACUUUUCCGGUGCCAACAGUGUCGCUUCGCCCACUACCCAGUCUUUUGCGAGAAACAACAUGAACUCCAACAUGUACGCUCAAGUACCGGGCAACCAGUACAACGGUCCCAAGACUGCGCUCCCCCGGUACGCAGGUCAGCAGCAGCAGCAGCAAUACAUUCAGCCCCAGCAGCAGCAGCAGCAGCAACAGACUCACCAGUCUGUCUCCACCAGCCAGCACUACAGUGCUGAACAGGUCCUUGCGCCGCCCGAGAUCCACUUUGAUGAGCAAGAGCAGAUGGAUCCCAAUCUGUAUGCCCAGUUGGUGGCCACCAAUAUGUACCUUGCCCAGCAGCAACAGCGCCUGCAGCAGCAGCUUCUCAGCGUCCAGGCCGCUGCUCAGCAAUUCCAGGGCCUGAACCUACAGGGAGCCCAGCAGCAGAUCCAGCAGCAGCAAUUGGCCAUGUACCAACAGCAACAGCAGCUCCAAAGCAUUCAGCAGUCCAUGAUGGGGCAGAUGGCCAACCAGCAGCAGCAGAACGUCUACACGUACUACGAUCCUGUCACCCGCCAACAGGGCUACUACGUCGACCAGGGCCAGAAUGACCAGCAGGCUCAGAUCGCUCAGCUGUACGCUGCACUGGCCCAGCAGCAGCAGCAGCAGCAGCAGCACACACCCCGCGUUCAAGUUUCUCCCCCUCCCGAGAACCACGCUUCCCCAUUCCGCACUUCAACUCCUCCCAGGCGCUACGAGUCGCCCUCCGAGGUGGCUCCGUUGCCUCCCCCAUCGGCGAAUGCCUUCCGCCGUGGCCAUAAGAAGGUCAUGUCUUUGGCCCUGAACGGUAACAAUCAGGCCAACCUCUCGCCUUCCCAAGAGCCUCCCAAGUCAGCUGGCCCUAAGACGGCUUCUUUCCCGCUCACCCCCCUCUCCGGAGGUUAUGGACCCGGUCAGGGCCGUGCCGGCGAACACCCCGUUCGCCAGCCCCGGGGCCCACCAUCUAUCGAGGAGCUCAAGGCCAAGCCCACCGCAAAGGAAGAGGGCAGCAAGAACUUUGCCACCCGUACUCGGCGUUCCGCUGUGCACAAUCUUGUGCGUGCUGGACGUGAGCGCAGAAAGGGCCCUGGCAGCUCCAACGGCAGCAUGAGUCCUGUAUCUGAGAGUGCCGAGGAGGAGUCGAGCACUCCUAUCACCGACAACGAGUCGGAUUCUGGCCACAGCGGAUCGGGCAGCCUGGCGGGUGACAUCGACUGCUCCUUCCCCAGCUCAAGGACUUCCACCAACGGCAGCUGGGGUGCUAUCGGUUCCGACCGCCCAGGCUCGCGUCAGAGGGCUCGCAAGAGCGUCGGCAGCGUGAGCAGCAACGAGAGCAGCGAGAACAGCUUCGCCAGCGUCUUCAAGAACUCGGCUCAGCGUGCCGGGAUCGAAGUGACGGACGGACAGCGCAAGGCGCCCAUGUUGGUCUUGACCAGCGCCGAGAAGCGAAAGAGCGGCAUCAUGGCGUAG